AUAUAUAGUAGCUGCUAACGUGUAAACUGAUAAAGCACAAAAUGCUUUCUGACUGAUGUAAAAGUGCAAAAGAAUAAAACAUGAUUGAAAUAUAUUAGACAGUUAAUAAUGAAAAAUAUCUGCACUAUCUGCAAGGCUGUCAUCAUUACGCACAAUUUGAAAAAUACAGGCUAACCCAUACAGCUAUACAUUGUUAGUGCUAGAAAAGAGAUCCACUUUAAUAAUUCAGUUUCAGCUCAAAUUGAGCAGAAAAGUCCGCACCAAUUAAUCUCAUGCCAUUUUUGUUUCUUGACAUCAGCAUGAUUUCUGCAGACAGUUUCUUUUGUGUUUUAAAGCCCCUAUCUUUAGAUUGGGUGCUUCAUAAGUUAAAAGUAGGGGAAAGAUAAUGGGGAUUUUUAUAUAUUCUCAAAUAGCCCAAGCUUAAGCUUUAUCAUCAUUACACAACACAGAUGAAAUAGUGUGAAGGCCCCACAUCAGCACUUUCAACUGGUUUUCUCAGCUUGUCUCUACAUGAGAUAAAGUACUUUAAACAAAACAUGCUUAGACUUCAGAGGGUUUUUAGAAUAAAUAAAACACCAAUGCCUUGCUGUAUUUCCAGCUUCCUGUUGUUAUGAGUGUGUAUCCAGCUGACAGUAUUUCACAAUAUCAAGGAAUAUGUAUAAAUCAAAGUCCAGAGUCCAGCUACCGUACCUGUAACCAGUGAGGAUUUUCCACUCUUCUCUGGUCCCUUCUGCAAACAUUUUUCUCUAAUUUGUCUGUGUAAUUUGGAAGCAACAUGGAGCAGAUCACCAACUUUAUUUGCAGGUAUAAAAACUACAACUUUCCGUCCGGGCAAACAACUGCAGAGUACAUUGAUUCACUCCAGAGCUUCGAAAUUCGAGACAGUGAUAUAUUUCUCGUCACUUAUCCAAAGUCAGGAACUAUAUGGACUCAACAGAUCAUCAUCUCCAUCUGUGAAUUAGACGGGGGUCUGAACGAAUAUCCAAACAACUUGGAGCAGAUGCCGUGGGUGGAGUACACAGCGGGUCGAGAAGAUUACGCCUUACGACCCUCUCCACGGCUCUUCGCCUCUCACCUCACCCCAGUUCUCAUGCCUCCGGUACUAAAGGAAAAGAAGGCUAAGAUUGUCUAUGUGAUGCGAAACCCAAAGGACAACAUCGUCUCCUUUUACCACUUCAGUAAAGUGUGCGGUGACCUGGAGACUCCGAAGAACUUUGAGCACUUUUUUGAGGAGUAUUUGACAGGCAACGUUGUAGGAUCAUCCUGGUUCGACCACAUCAGGGAGUGGCAUUCCAAAAAAGACGAGUACAACAUCCUCUUCCUGACCUAUGAGGAAAUGGUUUUGGACCUGAAGGCGGCAGUAACUAAGAUCUGCAUUUUCUUAGGGAAGAACCUGAGUGAAGCAGCCAUUGAGCAAGUUGAAGAAAAAUCUACAUUCAUGAACAUGAAGAAAGACUCAAAAGCAAACUACGAGUUUCUGCCACAAGAGAAUCUGAAGGGAGACUUCAUGCGCAAAGAUUGUCUAUGUGAUGCAAAACCCAAAGGACAACAUCGUCUCCUUUUACCACUUGAGUAAAGUGUGAGUGAGUAUUUCAUGGGCAACGGUGAGAUACCUCAGAGUCUGGAUGAUGACGACCAGAUGUGAUUAUAAAGAAUUGACAGAAAGAAUAGAAGUAAUUUUAAUGUUAUGUUAAAAGGUCUUUAGAUGCAAAGGUCAGCAGAUGGCAAACCAAAUACUGCCAUCUGCUGGUUCCCUAGUAAAUCACAUUAAGCCUGUGGCAAAGAACCUUGGUGUCUGGUUUGAUAGUAAUUUAAAUUUCGAGCAGCACACCACAAAGCUUGUUCAAUCAUGUUUU